AUGUCUCUUAACUUUCGCGGCAAAGAUUACGACGUUAAGCUUAACAAACCUUUGAGCCCUAAAAAAGAUCGCGAACGACCAGCAACUCCAACGAAACCUUUGGGACGUGAUGGCAAGUGUAGCAGAAGAAUCCAGAAGCAAGCCCAAGGGAUGAGAUUGACCGUCCCAACCACUUCGUUCACACGCGAUGUUAAAGUCGUCAAAAAAAAGAACUCAGCCAUCAGAGUACAAGCCAAAGGCUACGUGUCAUUAAAUUACAAGGAUAAACUAGAUCCUAUCUUUGGUGGGCCACUCCGACCGAUACAUAAUUGGAUGGAUGCCGGUCCUCUCAACGAUCUUGAACCCCGUGGAUUCGUCUCAGCCCUCGAGACGUUAAUGGCAAAGCUGGAAGUCUAUGAAGAGGGAUGUGUCCUGCCAAAGUCUCCACUCGUAGCACCAGACAGCACUUACGCUCAGUUGAACAAGCAUGCAACAAGAUGGACUUCACCAGUAUGUCAGCUCAAAUACGGGAUGAUGGCCUUGCCCAGAAUCCGUGCUACCCAAAGGAUCUUGAUGGCGACCCUAAUUUUGCUUGCACCGCUGCCCGGGAUCACAAAUGGCAAGCCACCGACUGGCCUGACGAAGCGAGGCUUGCUUGAUCCUCGCGAAAUUUUUGUUAACACAGGCAACUGUUCAUGUCGAGCCACAAAUGAGGAGCUGCUGGAGAACUUCGGCUUGAUUCAAUGCGAGGAUGACUGCAAACAAGAAAUGAACGACGUGGGUUUUGCGUUGUUACCAGUACUAUCUCACGCAUUAGCGGUACCACAAACACUAGCAGAGGCAUACCCCGCCCCUGCCAUCACGUAUGUCAUUGCCGCUGCUCCCAACCCAACAGGUGCCUCAGUGCCGACCGCCACGAUAGUUGCAAGGACUGCUUCCCUAGUGCUUUCAGCUAUUUCGUCAUUAAUAACGGUGGGUGUAGAGUAUGCUUUCUGGGAUGGAGAAGUCUGUGAUGAAGAAGAGGAUUGUGAGUAA